AAAGAAGAAAACCUCUGAUUGAGGAACGUUGCGUUGCCAUGACGAGCGAGGAGGAGGAGGGCCCCAGUGUUGCAACAUCAACAGCAACGACACCGUCAGCGGCAGCAAACUCCAGGAUAACAACAGCGACAGCCAGGGGCAAUAGCAAUGAUACCGUCACUUCCUCCUCCCCCCACAGGCCCUCUUCGUACCACCUCCCAUGUCCCGAGGAAGCGAAAGAGAAAGAAGAGGAAAUAGAGGAGGAAGGGAUAAUUCAGGAAGAGAGGAUUGAGAAGGAGGAUGAGGUGGAGGAGUGUGAGGGGGAUGAUGAAGAUGAUGAUGAUGACGAUGCCAGCAGUGAUACCAGUGUGUUAGUUGUGCCCUACCCUGACAUGGUCCCUGUGGUCUUCUUCUGCCUCAAGCAGACAACUUGUCCUCGCAGCUGGUGCAUCCGCAUGGUCUCCAGCCCAUAUCCUUUUUAGAGAUUAUGGAUUAUCAGCAAAAAUGUGCUGCUUUUAAUAUCCAAAUCCGUCUUCAUUUCAUCAUUUAUCAUAGGUAUUAUGCUGUAAAUUAACAAAAAACUCUGGCUUUUGGAUGUUUUUACCUCACUUGACAAG